UAUAUACCUGUAUGCUGUCUUUUACAGCUACUUUUUACCUGGCACAUCACACAUAGGUGACAUAUUUACCGGUGAUAGAGGGGCAUCAGGGUUAAGCCACAGCUCUUGAGAAGAAAACAACACAGAACUGACUACCAUCAAGAUCUAUCACAUAAUCUAACUGCAUCAUAACUUUAAUGUAAGCGUUUGGUUCGUAACAUUACACACUUGCAAUUUUACUGUCGCGUUUCCUUCGGUCGGUAACUAUGUCUGAUAUGUUGCUAACAGCUUUGCACCUCUACCUGACGACUUCUCAAUUACACCUAGCAGGGUAGGACACUUAAGAGCUCGCGAGAUCGGAGUUGGGUUUUGUUUUUUGGAACCCGAGGGAGAAAAAAAAAGCUAUAAAGAAGUCUCAAAGAAAACCAGUCAAAGUUCAAGGAUGUCUCGCGUGGAUCGGCUGUCCGGGAAUCCAGACAGAAACCACCAGACUAGGCGUCACAGAGACAAAAGAGACCGGGAAGCAAGAGACCCACAUCAGGGAGGACCUGCAGCUUCCAGUGACAGAUCUAAGCCACAUCAUUAUGCAAGACCAGUUGCUUCUGGGCCAAGGUAUCCAGGGCCACCAUCACCAGCCCCUGAGGACUACUUUGAGGACUCCAGGGAGAGACUCCCAGCAAAGCCACAGUCAAAGUGCUCUUAUGUGUGCUCACGGAGAGGUAUGUGCUUGAACUGGACCUUGUUCAUGGGAUAUGUUGGUAUAGUUCACAUGGCUGCCAUAGGGACUACUCUAAUGGUGCUAAUCUGUGUGGCAGUCGCCCAGGCAGUCAUGUCUGGGUUCUCAGCAAUGGGGGGUCUGGCAACUGGCAGUUUUAGCCUGAGUUCGGAUAUCAACCCUUUCCAGGGCACAGAGCUGAAGGAGGUGCGUGACUUGGACAUGCAGUACAGCCAGAUGCGAGCCCCUGGGGUUUACAUAGGAGUCAUUUUCAGCCUUGUGAUGGGUGUCAUUACCCUUUUCUUUCUGAUAGUUGGCGCCAAGCCUCUUUACAGCAUCCCUAUAAAGCGGCUUAUCGUUGAGUUUUUCUUCGACGUGCUGGGUUGCGUGGGCUACAUUGUAGCGGUUAGCCUUUACCUCUAUUUUGUCAUUAAGGUGAAUGCCACAGAUGUGUGUAAGAAAAGGGAACGCCUGUAUGCACGCCAAGGAUACACCUGGAUGAACUGUAGUGUGCAGGGAAGCGAUGCGGCAGUUGCCCUCUUUGGUCUAAUGACUGCCAUUCUGUAUUUUGUGGGGGCGUUACUCUGUGGACUGACAAUCAGGCUUGCCAAGGCUAUCCAGAGGGAUAUGUAUCUGGAACAAAAUCAGCCUGAACCUGAGGGAAGUAGUCACAACGGCAAGCAAAGGAAUCACAGUCACCGCCGUCAUCAACGAAAUAUUGAUCCUGAUUUCCCGGUUUCUACACUUGUAUAAAGAGGACUAGCUGCUGGAAGGCAUGAUUUUUAAUAUAUAUAUUUUUUUAGGUAUAAAGGUUUUUUAAAAGUAAGUGAUUGGAUAAACUUUAUUGCCACUGCCUUAUUUUAAGUUUAUAAACAAAUCAUGAUUUCCCAUCCAUUAGUGGCUGUUGUGCAGUAAAGUUCAAGCUGAAUGUAUGAAUUGCCUCCAGAGACCAGCGAGAUUCCACAGGAAGGUGUAAAUAAAAUAUUUUCCAAUCCAUUACGAAAUGCAGUGCAACACUGUACUGUGCUAAGGGAUGCUGGGGUUUCUCUGUCCUCGAAUCAUUAAUAUUAAAAACUGAAUUUAGACAUUACAUAUUUCUUGUCUGAAUCUAAAAUAUGUAUGUACUAUUGAUAUUUAGUGUUCUUUAAAGUACUGUCAAUUUAAAUACUACUAUAUAUUUUUUGUAUAAAUAAAAUGUUCAUUAAUCUACACUAUAUUGCUAGUCUAUAGACUAUUUAAUCCACUGGUCUGUGUAUUAAUUAACACAAAAUGUAACCUUACCAACUACUUACAACAUCUAGUAGCAGUUUCAGACAAACACAUUAGGACAUCCAGUUAGAAGUAAGCACCUUUUUCCUACUGUAGAGUAACAAAGUACACCAGAUUACAUUCGUUUUGUAUAACAAAUUGUAUCAUAAAAUGUAUAAAAGUUGUAAAUGCCUCAGCAAAAGAUAAAAGAUUGUUCCACAGAAAGUAAAAACAUCAUGAAACGGUUAUUGGUGUAAUUUUUAUGAAAGGCUAAGUUACUAUUUAGGUUUAUCAUAAAAAUAUGUACCAGUUUACCAUGCUGCAAUAUAUGAAUGCUGCUGUAGGGGGCAGUCAACUACUGCGACCAGAAUGAUCACAUGAGAAGCCAAAGUUACCCCAUGGAUUAUAUAAGAUCACAGCAUUCCAUUUUCAAUAGGAUUUUGUCUUUUUUAUAAGCUGUUUUGCAAACACAUUAGGGAUAAGCGGUGUGCUUAUAAAUGUCCUCUUUAUAUUUCACAACACAAUUUGAACAUAACUGGGUAUCUGUUGACAGCCAAGUCUCUUAUUCUUGUUCGGAAGCUCCAUCUAGUGUAGGCUGUGGCUUUCCCACAAUCUAAAGUAUAUCCAACCUGCUUCUUAAAACAGAUCCCUCCCUCAUUCAAUAAAUCAAUGACACAGUUAAUUAUUAUUUGGAAAUUUUAGAUUUAUUAUAACAAAAAUGUAACUUCUUGUGUAUUCUGUUUCAAUAAGACUUCUUACAGAUAACUCAAUAGUCAUGCUGGUGGCGACAGAACUAAGGGAGACAAGAGAGACAUCAACUGUGAAUGGGUGCGUAGACACGGAAGGAGAGAAACAAA